AUGGCUACUCCCCGCAAUAUUACUAUUGAUACCCUCAAUGGGAAUUGGAUCUUGAACAAAGCCCUGUCAAGUGAGAUAGAUCCCGUUCUGAAGCUACAAAAUGUCAGUUGGAUAUUCCGCAAGGCCUUGGCCCUCACAGACAUCUGCCUGAGAAUCUCCACAUCCUAUUCCACAGGACUAGAGCCCACCGCUACGAUUGAGUUCUUGCAGACCCCAUCAAUGGGCAAGUUGGCUUCAACUAUUGAAAAGCGCACGCUAGACGGAGAGACGAGGCACCACUCAGAUUACCUUUUUGGGGCCGUACUGUUCCGGAGUGUCUUUGUACGAGGAUCUUCUGGCACGGAGGAUGUUAGCAGCUUGGGGCCGGUGUUUGAAGUACAGACAAAGUCAUCGGGUACGGAUGUUGAGAGAUUUUUGAGAGGAAAGACAAUUCCCGAUGAAAGUAAAGUCGUUCCUUCUUCUGGAGGAUUCCUUGUCGAGGAACCAGAGAGUGACCAGGCUCAGUCGCAGAGUGGGGGAUUGUGGGUGCAUUCGUUUGAGAGGAGUGUAGAGUUGGGCUGGACAGCAGAGCAGGUCUGGGGGUUUGAGAUGAUACAUGGACAUCGAUACUUUACGCGCAGGGUGGCUGUCUCGGGGGCAGAAGUCAAAUAUAUCUGUGGGCGGUUUGUUUACGAUUUCGUUAAGUGA